AUGGCGUCUGAGGACGAGCGAGAGGAGCUCGAGGCUGCAGAAGACGACGGCAUCGACACGGAAGGCAAGACGAUCGUUCAGCUGGGCGAGCACGACGAGAUCUCGGACGAGGAGCAUCACCCCCACCAUCGUGAUGAGGAUGUCGAGAUGGACGCCCCUCCUCCGCUCGCAUAUGGCAUCGACAAGGGCAAAGCCAAGCAAGAGCCCGUAGAGGCUCACGAACUAGAUUCAUUGCCAUGGGUGGAAAAGUACAGACCGGCAACGUUGGACGAUGUCGUGUCUCACAAGGAUAUCGUAUCGACCAUCGACAAAUUUAUAUCGCUCAACCGACUGCCUCACUUGCUCUUCUAUGGACCGCCGGGCACUGGCAAGACGUCCACCAUUCUCGCCGUCGCGCGCAAGAUCUACGGCGGCACGGGCAAUUCGAUACGAGGUGGCGUGAGCGGCAAGGGCAAAGAGGGCAGCAGCAUGCGCAACAAUGUGCUCGAACUCAACGCGUCCGACGAUAGGGGUAUCGAUGUCGUCAGAGACCAGAUCAAGAACUUUGCUUCGACCCGAAUGAUCUUCUCGUCGGGCUACAAACUCAUCAUUCUCGAUGAAGCCGACAUGAUGACGACGACGGCCCAGAACGCGCUGAGAAGGGUCAUCGAGCAAUAUACCAAGAACGUCAGAUUCUGUAUCAUCUGCAACUACGUCAACCGCAUCAUCCCGGCCGUCCAGUCUCGAUGUACUCGCUUCAGGUUCGGGCCACUCGAGACAACAGAAGUCGAUAGAAGGAUACAGCACGUCGUAGAUGCCGAGUCCGUCAAUCUGACUCAAGACGGUCGAGAAGCACUGCUCAAGCUGUCGAAAGGCGAUAUGCGACGGGCACUCAAUGUCUUGCAAGCUUGUCACUCGGCCUACCCCGUCGUGGACGAAGGAGCGAUCUAUGCUUGUACAGGCAAUCCACAUCCGGCAGACAUCGACGAGAUGGUCACAAGCAUGAUGUCUGACGAGUUCCAGACUGCGUACCAGCGUGUUGUGGCGAUCAAGACGGACAAAGGUCUUGCUUUGCAGGAUAUCAUCGCGGGAUUGGGAGAGGCGCUGUCCGGGCUGGACAUGCCUCCCCAUGCGCGAAUCUAUCUCCUCGACCAUCUUGCACAAAUCGAACAUCGCCUGAGUACGGGAGGGAGCGAGAAGCUACAGAUGACCGCCUUGCUCGGCGCUUUCCAGAACGCGGUCGAGCUGAGUUCGCGAGAAAAGUAG